AUGGAGCUGAAUUCGGAAUUCUAUACAAGUUGGCUACUGUUCGGCAAGCUCUUCCACAGAUGGACAGGUGCACAUGAGGUUGAUGUCACCGUAGGUGUCAUCGACUCUGGCUACUGUAGGCCAGGUCUUGAAGUCUUUCAAGAAUGGCAAUGGGUAUCCUGCCUGCUCCCGCGUCUCCCGCAGGUCCUCAGACUCGGUUGGCUCGAUCAUGAGCGUUCCCGGGAUCGGGAAAGACAUGGUUGGGGCGUGGAAUCCAUAGUCUUGGAGUCUCUUGGCAACGUCGAUGGCCUCAAUACCGAACUCUUUGAAAGGUCUGAGGUCGAUGAUGAACUCGUGCGCACAGUACUCGAUUUUCUCAUGAGCAGACUCGUCUCCAAGGAACAUGAUCUUGUAAUGGUCGCGGAGUCUGUACAUCAUGUAGUUGGCGUUCAAGAUGGCCAAGGUGGAGGCGUAAGGCAGGUUCUUGGCUCCCAGCAUCUUGAUGUAGGAGUAGGAGAUUGGCAAGAUGGAGGCAGAUCCAAAUGGAGCAGCAGAAACAGCGUUGAUGGCCUUGGCAGACACAUUUGUGGUGGAUGUCAAUGGGUGUUUUGGCAGGAAAUCUUGAAGAUGCUCAGCAACACAGAUUGGUCCCACACCCGGACCUCCUCCUCCGUGCGGAAUAGCGAAAGUCUUGUGCAAGUUCAAGUGACAAACGUCUGCUCCCAAAUCGCCAGGAGAAGUCAGACCCACUUGUGCGUUCAUGUUGGCUCCGUCAAGGUACACUUGUCCGCCAUUGGAGUGCACGAGCUCGACGGCUUUUCUGAUUGUUGGCUCAAACAUACCGUAGGUCGAAGGAUACGUGAUCAUGAUGGCUGCGAGAUCGGAGGAGUGUUUAGUGGUUUUCUCCUCAAGGUCCUGCAGGUCAAGGUUUCCGUUACUCAGACACUUGACGGGAACAACUUUGAGACCAGCCAUAGUGGCAGAAGCAGGGUUGGUUCCGUGAGCACUGACAGGAAUAAGAACGAUGUUUCUGUGUUGUUGACCUGUGCUCUCCAAGUAAGAUCUGAUCACGGUGAGUCCAGUAUAUUCACCCUGAGCACCAGAGUUUGGCAUGAGAGUGGUUUUAGCGAAACCGGUAAUGUCUGCAAGGUCAGCCUCAAGCUCGGUAAUCAGCUGCAGUGCACGAUCCAAGAGGAAUCAUGGACGAGGCUAGAGACACGUCCUUUUGCUGAAGCUUGUACAGGUAACGAAGCAUAG